CGGCAACUGAGUUCAAUGUUGAUAUUGAUAAUCCCAGAGGUAGAAAAGAAACAAAUAAUUAUUCUGAAUUGUUAGAAAAUUCUGUUUUAAUUGUGCUUAAUAUUAAUAGUUAAACUUAUUCAUCGCGAGGUGUUAAUUAAAUAGAUAACCUACUAUUACCGGUUAUUGUACAGCGCAAGUAUUUAUUUGAUAGUAAUUACAAUUAUGUCUGAACUAAACGAAUUGGAGAAAACCCUCGUUUUAGCGGCCGCAGAGGCGGACUCGGGCCAUCAAGAGCCCGUCGAACCCGCCGAAACCAAACCUGAAUUCUACAAAAACCUAACCCAACCUGAGCGAACCACUUCCUCGCCCGAACCCGAUACUCCCUCGAACCCCAAUCCUAAAAAGAGAACCCGCGACAGCCUCGAGGAUUCCCCGCCCGCCAAGUGCCCCAGCACCUACUCCAACGUGAUAGCCAAUCACUACAAUCAACUCGAAGAGAAGGGCAUACAGGAGAGAUUCAAAUCUCGAAUAGUGUACCUGCGGAACUUCCACAACUGGAUCAAGAGCAUGCUGAUCAACGAGUACUUAUCGAAGAUCAAAACCAACAAGAAGCAGUACAACGCGGCCAUCAGAGUGCACGACAUGUGCUGCGGCAAAGGGGGCGAUCUAAGCAAAUGGAAAAAGGGCGGCAUAACCCAUUUAAUAUGCAGCGAUAUCGCUUCGGUGUCCCUCGAGCAGUGCCGGGCCCGGUACGAGGACAUACGAAACCACUCGAGAGAUCGACAGCCUCUAUUCACCACCGAGUUCAUCGAAGGCGAUUGCACGAGGGUGAGGCUGCGCGAGAAGUACUCCGACCCGUCCAUAGGCCUCGAUCUGGUGAGCUGCCAGUUCUCCUUCCACUACAGCUUCGAGAGCCUUCCGCAGCUCGAGUGCAUUCUGCGCAACGCCGCCGAGUGUCUUCAACCCGGCGGGUACUUCAUCGGAACCAUCCCCGACGCGUACGAGCUAGUGGCCAGGGCCAGGAAGCACGGCAGCCAAACAUACGGGAACGAUGUUUAUGAGGUUUCAAUAGACUUCGACGUGCACAAACCGCCUUUGUUCGGUGCCAAGUACAAUUUCCAAUUGGACGGCGUAGUGAACAACUGUCCGGAGUUCCUCGUGUAUUUUCCGGUGCUGGUGAAGCUGGCGAAGAAGUACGGGUUGCGGCUGGUGAGGGCCGAUAAGUUCCAGGAUUACUUCGAAAGGAUGAAGGAGGAGGGGAUGCAUUUGCUGAGGAAUAUGAGGAGUUUGGAGGGGUUUCCUCCGCCUGAGUCGUGUAGGUUGAACGGGAGUGAGGAGGACUAUGAGCAUGCUAAGGAAUAUGUUGGGAAGGAUUCGAGGAGGAACGUCUUAGUGGGGACGUUAUCGAAGUCCGAAUGGGAGGUUUCUUCUAUUUACAAAACGUUUGCCUUUGAAAAAAUGAAAAGAGUUUCGAUGAAAGAAGACGGAACGCCUAUAUUUGAGAUAUAAAUGACUCGAUUUUAUUUUAGCAACAAUUUUGAUAAGUAUACAAUUUCGAAAACUUGUUACAUAAAAAUGAAAAUUUGUUUAUUUAUUUGUUUAUACCACCUACACUGCGGAGGAGACUUUCCGCUAUUUUGGGAUAUCCCCUAAAAAAAUUUUAUAUGAAUAUUAUAAUUCAUAUGACGUUUGUGACGGAUGUCCUAUUGGUCCUGAUCUCCUACUAUAUACUUACACUCCUAUCUUGCAUUUAUAAUGCAUUAACGUAUUAAUGUAUUAACCAAUACAACGGAAAAUGAGUAAUAAUAACCAAAGAGAGUAAAUGAAAGCAGCAAUAAUAAUUUCUUAUAUUGAAAUAUAGUAAGACAAGAUUAUUUUUAGGCGUCCUCGCAGGCAACACGAGAGGUCAUGUUGCAAGCGCUCGAUGCCCAUAAUAUGGCAUUUUUCUCAGGUUCCCAAUAGAACACAGCACACAGCUCAUCGUUAUCUUUACUGGGUUGAUUUGGAGCCCAUUUGGCAUUUUUUACUCUAUCGCCAUCCAGCCAUUUGUAUGCUGAUUUUCCACUCUUUCUUUUCAUAGCAAGAAAGUAUGGAAUUCUGUUCAUUGGCUUUGCAAACAUCACGUAGCGCAUUCGAUUUCUUUUUACUGUCAAGCUUGAUGGGUUUUUGUUCAUCUUCUUUCUUACAAUCUGCCAUAGCCUCUUCAAAAUUGUCCUUCU